AUGUGGUUAUGGUCAUGGUUUCUGAACAAAUGCAUAUUAUUAUUUCAAUAUUUAUUAAUUCAAUAUAAAGGUUUUCGAUUCGAUUAUGAUGCAAAAUAUGCGAUUAAACAGAAAAUAAAUCGAAAAACAUUAUUUAAUAUAUUGAAACAAAAUAAAAAUACAAAACUUUUAAUAGAACAACGAAAGAAAAUGAAUUUAGAUACUAUUGAAACUGUUGAAAAUUUUAAAAAAUUGUUUCCAAACUAUACAACGUAUUCUGAUUAUAAACCGUAUGUUGAUGAAAUUAUGAAUGAUGGUAGUACGAAAGAUAUUAUGAGUAUUGGAUAUCCAAUUGCAUUAACAAAUACCAGUGGAACAAGUGGAGAACCAAAGUAUUACCCAAUUUAUUCACUUGAUAUAAAUGAAGCAUAUAAUAUAUGUUAUAUGUUAACAAAAUCUGUACCAUUCAAUCUUUUUAAUGGUUGUAAAGCAGUAUCAUUGAAUAGUUUAUAUUAUAAAACACAUGUCACAAAAGAUAAAUUAAAAACAUAUAAGAUGAGUGCUAUAACAGCAAUUGCAACACGUGAGAAACAAAAUAUUGAAACAAUAUUAAAAUUUAAUCAAGAUAUUGUUCCAUCCAUUAUAUUCAAUGAAAUAACAGAUUCAAAUGAUAUGUUUUUAUUUAUAUUGUUAUGGACGUUACAAUGUAAAGAAUUAGAAGUAAUAUCAUCAGUAUUUAUAAUGGGAUUAGUCAACUUUUUUACGUUUAUGGAAAAGAAAUUCGAUUUUAUUUGUAAACAUAUUGAAAUGGGUACAAUACCAACAGAUGAAUCAUUAUCAUCACCAUUACCAAUUGAUGUACGUCUUGCUCUACAAUCAUCAAAUUAUCGUUUACCACCAAAUCCUAGUCGUGCACAAGAAUUACAUCAAAUUGUUAGUGAAAAUGGCUUCCAUCACAUUAAUAGACGUUUAUGGCCUAAUUUAAAAUGUGGAAUAUGUAUAAUAAGUCAAAAUUUUAAACAAUUCGAAUUAAAAUUCCUAUCAACAUAUUGGGAUCCUGUCGUGCCAAUCUUUCCUUAUGUUUAUGGUAUGAGUGAACAUCAUCGUAUUGCAGUACCAUUAACAACAAAUUCAUAUCAAUUAAUACCAUUACCACGAUCAGUUUAUUAUGAAUUCAUUGAAGUCGAAAAUGAUGAUCGCGAUGAUGACGACGAUGAUCAAUCACCAGAAUCAUUAGAGUUAGGUCAAAUUGACGAAGGAAAAUUAUAUGAAGUUGUAUUAACAACUUACGAUGGUUUAUAUCGAUAUAGAACAGAAGAUAUUAUCAAAGUAACAGGACAUUAUUAUACAUUACCAGUAUGGAAGCUUGUUGGCAGACGUGGUCAAUAUUUAUCAAUUAUAACUGAACAUGUUACUGAAAUGGAAUUACGUGAAAUAAUCGAUUUAAUCUUAUUGGAAUACAAAGAACAAUUCACUUCUUCUGCACCGCAAUAUUCGGUUUUCAUUGAUAAACCAUCUUAUGUUCUAGCGAUCGAAGUAGACGAUGACAAAAAAGAGAAUGAAGAUCGACUACAACAAAUUGGUAAAGAAUUAUGUUCAAAGUUUGAUCAAAAAUUACAAGAAUAUAACGAAGAAUAUAAAUGUUGUCGUGCUAAUCAGAAUAUAUCAUCACCAAUUUUACUAUGGUUAAAAUAUAAUACAUUGACAACGGGUACAAGAGAAUUUCGUUUGAAGAAAAGCAAAGGUAGUGGUGGAAAUCAAUUAAAAUCACAAUUGAUUAUACAUAAUAGGAGCAAAGACAUCAUUAAAUUUAUUAAAGAGAAUAAAGUAUUAGAAACAAAAUAA